AUGGAGGGCUGCCUGGGGGAGGAGUCUUUUCAGAUGUGGGAACUUAACCGGCGCCUGGAGAACUACCUGUCCCGGGUGAAGGCACUGGAGGAGCAGAACGAACUGCUGAGCGCAGAGCUCGGGGGUCUUAGGGCACAAUCUGCAGAUGCCUCUUGGCGGGUCCGCGCUGAUGAGGAGCUGGCGGCCCUACGGGCCCUCGUGGACCAGCGCUGGCGAGAGAAGCACGCUGCCGAAGUGGCACGCGACAACCUGGCAGAAGAGUUGGAGGGUGUGGCGGGCCGGUACCAGCAGCAGCGUCUGGCCCGGGAGCGGGCGGCGGCCGAGGCAACCCACAGCCAGCGGGCGGUCGAGGCCGAGAAAUGUUCCCAGACCUGGCUGAGCACCCAGGUGGCUGAUCUUGAGCGCGAGCUGGAGGCCCUGCGCGCGGCGCACGAGGAGGAGCGCGCCACUCUAAACGCGCAGGCUGCCUGCGCCCCCCGAGGCCCGGCGCCACCCCGUGGACCCCCCGCGCCGGCCCCUGAGGUGGAAGAGCUUGCGCAGCGGCUGGGCGAGGCAUGGCGCGGGGCGGUGCGCGGCUACCAGGAGCGCGUUGCGCACAUGGAGACGUCGCUGGGUCAAGCCCGCGAGCGGCUGGGCCGCGCGAUGCAGGGCGCCCGGGAGGGCCGCCUGGAGUUGCAGCAGUUACAGGCCGAGCGUGGGGGCCUUCAGGAGCGCCGGGCUGCCCUGGAGCAGAGGCUGGAGGGCCGCUGGCAGGAGCGGCUUCAAGCCACUGAGAAGUUCCAGCUGGCGGUGGAGGCCCUGGAACAAGAGAAGCAGGGCCUGCAGACCCAGAUCGCCCAGAUCCUGGAAGGCCGGCAGCAGCUGGCACACCUCAAGAUGUCCCUCAGCCUGGAGGUGGCCACAUACAGAACCCUCCUGGAGGCUGAGAACACCCGACUGCAGACACCUAGCAGUUCCAAGGCUGCCCUCAGCUUCCUCGAUCCAAAACCAGAACUUCAUUUACCUGGGACCCCAGAAGGCCGGCGUCUGGGACCUUUGCUUCCUGUCUUGAGCCCAACCCCCCUCACCUCACCCGUACCUGAUACCCUUAAGAAAGCUAUGCCAGCCUUUCUGAAGAGCCAGGAAUUCCUGCAGACUUGUACCCCCACUUUGGCCAGCACCCCUAUUCCCCCCACACCCCAGGCCCCUUGCACUUCUACACAUACAGAGAUCAGAGCCCAGGAGGCCCCUAACUCCCUCCUCCAGUCACAGAAUGGGAAGCAACAGGCUUCAGAAUCCCUGUGGCCUGAAGCCAAGGUGAGCACCAUCCCUUCGAGCAUCCUUCCAGGAUCAGAGGAACCUGGGGGCAAGCAGCAAAAGGCCAGUCGAGGCCAGUCCUCUGAGGAUCCUGACUUCUUGGCCCCACCCCUCAUCCCUCAUCAUGCUAGGUUAGAGGCCAAAGAUGGAGAGCCCAGUGGGUCUGGAGUGUCCAACAUAUCCCAGAAGGAAGGUGGAGCACAAAUAGGGCAAGUGGCAGAGGAAGAAGCCGCCAUAGAAGUGAAAAUGGGAGGCAGCUUACAGCAGGAACCACGGCGAGAGGAGGGAGAUAGGGAUGGGAAGGAAAUCCAGGAGCCCCAGAGUCUUCUGGAAAAAGAAACUCUGAAGUCUCUGGAGGAGAGGAUUCAAGAACCAUUAAUGUCUCAGGGGAAACAGAGCUGUGAGACACUGAGAUCUCUAGAGAAGGAGAAUGAGGAGUCCCUGAAAUCUUUAGACGAGAACUUAGAGACCCCAGAAAUUCUAGGAAAGGAGCAGCAGGAGCUGUCAGAAUCUUUAGAAGAAAAGGAUCUAGUGGUGGUCAGAUCACUAGAAAAGGAAACUCUAGAGCUACUUACCCCUAUAGAAAAAGAGGACUCACAGAUACUGCAGUCUCUAGGAAGGGAGAAUCAAGAACUCCAGAGGUCUUCUGGUGAAGAUUUAGAGACAUUUUUAUCUCUGGGAAAGGAAAAUCAGGAACUAGUGAGGUCUCUAGAAGAGGAAAAGUUAGAGUCCUUGAGAACUCCAGAAAAGGAGACUCAAGAACCACUGAAAUCUCAAGAUGUAGAGGAUCAGGAGACACUGAGACCUCCAUCCCAAGAAAAUCAAGAUCCACUGAGGUGUCUAGAAGCCGAGGACCCAGAGGCACUGAGACCUCCAUCACAAGAGAAUCAAGAUCCACUGAGGUGUCUAGAUAAUGAGAAUCAAGAGACCCUAGAAAAUAUAGAUGAGGCACCAGUGGGGUCUCUUCAAGAAGAAGAGAACCAAGAAAUCUUGCGAUCUCUUGAAAAUGAGAUUCAGGAGUCACUGAGGUCUCUAGAAGAAGACCAGAAGACAUCAGAGCCUCUUGAAAAAGAGAAUCAAGAACUACUAACAGCUCUAAAAGAAGAGAGUUUAGAGGCAGUGAAGUCUUUAGAAAUAGAGAAGCUAGAAUCACGAAAGUCUGCAGAAGUCUUGGAAAUGUUGAAACCUCUUGAAACUCAAGAGCCUGGCUGGUCUCUUGAAGUGAAUCAGGAGACAACAAAGGCUUUAGAAAAGGAAAUUCAAGAACCAGUGGGAUCUGUGGAUGAGUCCCAGCAGGCACUGAAACUAGAAAAGGAAAAUCAAGAACCGUUAAAAUCUCUGGGUGAGUGGGACCUAGAAAAUUUGAAAUCUUCAGAAGAGAUGGACGAGGAAUGUCAAAGUGACCUGGAAGAGGAGGGAAAGGGAGAGAGUCAAGAUUCACUGAGGUCUCCAGGAGAUGAGGGACAGGAACUGCCACUGUCUGCAGCUCAACAGAGGUGGGAAAAUGUAGAGGACCAAGAGCUGAGCCAGGAACCCCCAUCUGGGAGGCCUGAAGUGGAAAAUGCAGAAGCAGCAGAGUUGAACCCAAGUGAGCCAGACAGUUUUGUUGAGGAGGCGGCUGUGGAGCCAGUAGAGCUAACACCACAGCUGAACGCUGUAGGGGAGCCAUGGAGCAUAGGUGAAGAGCACUCAGGGAGCCCUGAGCCCGAGGAGCAGAGAGUCCCAGCUGAGGGAACCAAGGAGGAAGGAGGUGAUGCGGGCCUCCAAGAUCCUGAAGGGCAACCAGACCAGAAGGGGGCCCCGGGCCUUGAAGGUACCCUGGGGCUGCCAGGGGAGGUAAAGCCCGCAGUGGAAGAUGUACAUGUUGCUCUGGGGAGUAACCCAGCCUCCCCCCAGGCCGCCGUGGGGUCAGAGACAACUCUGGGUGAGUCUGCUGUGGAGGGACAGGAGCAGGAAGCAGUAAGGCUGGAGGACCCAGGUUAUCAGGCCAGAGAGGAGUUGAUGGAACUGCCCCGAGAGGAGGAAGGUUUGGAGGCAGUGAAAGGUCAGGGCUUGGAAGGUCCUGUGCAGGACCUAAAGGAGGCAGAUGCUCCAGAGUCAGAGCUUUCCAGCCAGCCCAGGGAAGGCGGAGACCCCCAGAAGCCUGAGGAAUCAGAGGGCUGGGAGGACUCCGAGUCUGAGGCAGCACUGGGGACAGAGGAGGGUUUCCCUGCUGAGACCCUGAGCCUGGAUGAAAACAGCGCUCCUCAGGCCAGGUCAGAAGUGGAUACAAAACCAGUGCUGGGAUCCCCCAGCCCAAAUGAUCCCUGGGUACCUUCCUCACUCCCUGAAGAUGCCCCUAGGCCCCAGCCCCAGAGUGAGGGGAAUGAAGGGUCUAGCUGGGAACUGGAAGGUAGGGCUGAGGUCCCCCAAAAUUUAGAGGGAGAUGAGUUGGGUUCUGAGGGGAUUCCUGAGGACCUCCAGGAAGUGGGGCAAGAGAGUGGAGAAGAGAGUGAUGCUGAUGAGCUGGGGGAGACCCUUCCUGACUCUACUCCCCUAGUCCUCUUGCCAGGGUCCCCAUCCUCUGAAUGGGGCCCCAUGGGAGAGGAGAGGCCUUCCCCUCAGGAGAAGACCAGGCAGGAAAGCGAGGAGCCUGCUACUCUGCCUUCUGAGGACCUCAGGGCCCAACCUUCAGAAGAGGAGGAGGGAGAUGAGGGCAGCCAUGAUUCUGAUGUGUCUGAGGAAUUUGAGGACCUGGGCACAGAGGCCUCCCUCCUUCCUGGGGCUUCCAGAGAGGAGGAGGAACCCCUGAGGCAGGUACCCCAGCUGCUACUGGAGCCUGCAGCCUGGGAUCGAGAUGAGGAGUCUGAUGGGUUUGCCGAUGAGGAAGAGAGUGGAGAGGAGGGGGAGGAAGGUGAGGAGGAGGAGGAUGAAGAGGAGGAAAGGGGACCAGGGGCUGGGAAGUGGGGACAAGGGUCCUCUGCGGGCAGCAUGCAGACCCUGAGCGACCCACACAGAGGGGACCUCAUGGAGUCUGAGUCUGGGGGGGUCAGUGUUCCCUGGGAUGGUGGCUUAAGGGAUAUGGUUGCUGAUGCCCCCAUGACCGCCCUGGAGACUGAGUCCCCGGACAGCCCCGAACCUUCCAGCUCAGAGGAGGCAUCUGACUUGGUUUCCUUGGACAGGGAGGACAAGGUCUCCAGUCCCCUGGACAUCUCCAGUGGAGGGAAGGACCAGGGCGUACAGGAAACUCUUGGUGUCAAUGGCCAAGGUGGUCCCAGCUGGGAGGAGGAGACAGAGCACAUGAAUGGGGGGCUAGUGGACAGGCUGGAACAGUCUGAGGGAGGAGGGCCUGGGAAGCUGGGGACCCCUGAGGGAGACCAAGGGAGCCCCUUAGAGGUGGAGGAGGGUGGUUCCUUGAAGGAUCCUUGGCCUAGGGUUCCUCUUCACCUGGGUCAGGGCCAGUUCAUGAAGUUCACUCAGAGAGAAGGCGAUGGAGAGUCAUGGUCCUCGGAGGAGGACUAG